UGCGCGCUCGCUGGAGAGGAGUUCAGUUAAGUCAAGUUUAAUCCACAUAGGGUUUUUUGUUUUGUUUGUUCUUUUUAUUCCGCGCGUUUGUUUGUGGAUAAAGAUACGUGAGCAAAGAUGUUCAUCAGCGCGGAUAUUUCUGGACUUUUCGGCAUAUCAUGACCGUGCGCCCUGUCCCCUCUCUUCAGGUCUUUUCGUUUCCGCGCGAAGUUGAACGGAGGAGAGAGCACAAUGAGAGGGAAACACUUUCUCCCCUGCUUCUUGUUGCUCAAACUUAUGGCUCUCGUGUGCAAGGCUGGCGGGAUUCCAGGAGCGCUCGGGGGAUUCGUAAUGAUCGCCACCUCGAACGGCUCCACGCCGGAGGAGAGCGUGUCCGAGCAGACCCCGCACACGGAGGAAAAGUGUCGGGGUUACUACGACGUGAUGGGCCAGUAUGACCCGCCGUUCAUCUGCAAAACGGGCGUGUAUUUGUACUGCUGCGGUACCUGUGGCUUCCGCUUCUGCUGCUCCAUCAAGGAGUCGCGGCUCGACCAGGAAACCUGUACAAAUUAUGACACCCCGAUGUGGAUGAAGAGCGGGCAGACACCCUACAAGAAAACGAACAAGCCUCACGACAGCACCAAAGACAAGACGAACUUAAUAGUUUACGUCAUUUGUGGAGUAGUGGCGAUUAUGGCUCUUGUGGGGAUUUUCACCAAGCUGGGGCUGGAAAAGGCGCACCGACCCCAGAGAGAGAAUAUGUAUAGGGCCGUCGCCAAUGUGCUGCAGGGCGGGUGUCCAGGUGAGCAGUAUCGCGGGGAAGAGGCCCUAGGGAUGCAUUCGCAGCACUAUGUCGCCAGGGCCACAAACAUCCAGGGUGGCCAGAUUAACAACAACGUGGGACCGGCUUCAAACAUGGGCCAGCAGCACCCUUACCCUGCCCUCGGCCAGCUGUCUCACGUCUAUGAGCAGCAGCAGCAACAGCAACAGCUCCACCAACAGCAGCAGCAGCAGCAACAGCAGAACAAGGAUCUCAACAAGUAUGCCUCUCUGAAGGCUGUAGCUGCCAAGUACAACGGCGAACUGUACAACAAGCGUCGGCUGAUGGUAGAGAUGCCAGCAAAAGGACUUCCUCUGCAGCCCAUGGGCAACUCCCGACCGUCCAUGGGCAACAUGUCAUCAGUGACUCCUCAGAUGACCACCAACCCCAUGGCUUCAAACCCUAUGAGCGUCAACUCUAUUAACCCCGUCAUGACCCCAAUGACUUCAAUGACACCCAUGACCUCGCUCACCCCAAUGACUUCUAUGACUCCUAUGACUUCCCUUACCCCUAUGACCUCUAUGACUCCUAUGACUUCUUUGGGUCCACUGACUCCAGAGCCAGUGGCCACUUAUGUCACCGAGAUGCCCAGCAUCUCCUCUGUCUCAACCCUGCCGACAGAACGGCACAUAGCCGCUGGAGGAGGAGGGGGUCACAAGCCAAACGGCCAGAAGCCCAAAGUCAGCCAUGGUCACACUGCCCACAGCUCUCACAGCUCUCACAGCUCUCACACUCAUCUUCACAGCCACAGUAGCAAGCCACCAGGACUUGGGGCUACCUCCCUGGCACACAUGGCGGGGACCAUGCCAGGUGGCACAUCCCUGGGCAUCUCCAGGGCUGCUGAGACUGUCAUUGGCCACGGCUCAGCUACAAUGGGCCGCCCACUGGCGUACAGUUCCAACACAAUUGCGUCCUCACAUGCGAUGGGGCUGGGGCUGAAGGGCUGGGACGGGACUGAGACGGUGGGCCGGAGGAAGACCUAUGGGCACAAGAGGCCUCAGUGUACCAUCCUGGAACCGAACCAGCUCCACAGCACUAGAGGCCACAGCCACAGCCAACACUUCCUCCCCACACAGCCCUACUUUGUGACCAACAGCAAGACAGAGGUGACAGUGUGAGAGAGAAAGACAAGAAGAAAUAAAAAGAGAGGAACAGGAUGCAUGUGGAGUGGUGACACGAGUAAUCUCUGAGUGGAGAUACAGUACCAGCUCUUGAGAUGUUCAAACGUGCAGAUCUUCACGUGUGUUUGUGUGUAGAAGUCGAGGGUC